AAAACUGAGCAUUUACUUUUGAUUUUUCUCCCCCUCCCCUCCCUCAUCUCUCUUUUCAUGUUGGCUCUCUAUAGCCUCAUUGUUUCCCUGCAGUGGACAGGAAUGCUUAGCUUGCAGAUUCCUUUUCCGAGGGUGUUCCUUCCUUCUGCCCCUAAGCUUUGGGUUUGAUCUGUUUCCCCAAAGUCUUCAGUCUGUUCCUAUGCAGACACAUCCAUUUUGUUGGAGCAUGUCGGAACCAGAGGGUAAUGUAUGAAGUGUCUUUUGAUAAUUAAGUCUUGUGUUCCCAAAAUGAAGAGCCAUCUGUUAUUGUUAAGUCUCUCCACUGGGAAUAUGUGAUUUGGUUUGGCAGUGAAAUGUUUGGAGGGAAAGGAGUUUGGGGUGGGAUUGUGAGGGUUUGUUCCGGAGAAUAGUAUCUGGGUUGUGGUCUCCAAUUUCGAAGGGGGUGAUUGAAGGGUGUUGGGUGCAGUCUUUCAAAUUCCUCGACAGCUUAGCAGCUGAAGCAAAUUGAAUUAUAAAAUCCAGGAAGGGUAUCUUUCCUGAAUUAUGAACUGUGAGCCAAUCUGGAAAGGGAGUGUAUGUGGAACUUGGCAGGUUGUCGGAGGUCAACAGACGCAGCGCUGUUCAUAGGCAAAGAGUUUGCCAAGGAACAGCAUCUAUAAUUGCGCCCCCAAAAAUAGCCAGGAUAACAAUAAAACGUUGAUGUUUGGAAAUUCAGUUCCAGCAUCAAUCAGGACGAGAAGUGCGAAUGAAAGGCAAAUUGUGGGCGGGUUUUACUGAGGUAUAUGUGUUGUGUCUUUCUGCAGACGCCUCCAUGUCAUUCUGUGACCUAAAAUGUAUCUGAAACUAGAGGUAAAACGCUUUGCUUUGGACAAUCCUUUGAGGUUUAACCCCAAUGAACUUUGAACUGAGUGCACCAAUAUCAUUCCUCUGCAUUGAGCAAUGGUAUCCUGAAGAUUGAAGCGAAUAUUACUUUUGGACUUCUCUGCAUUUGAACCCACUUGUAACUUGCGCAGAGUUGCAUUGCCCCUACGCUACCCUUGAUGCACAUGGCAACAGCUGACAUUACCUUGGAGGGUAACCUCAGUGAAAUUCUUAGACAAGGAGGAGCUGAAACUAAAAAAUUGUUGCGUGAAACGCGGGCUGAUUUAACGAGGUAGAGAGCUUCAGGCACCGUAGAUCCAACAAAUGAAGACUGCAGAGGUUCCAGAAAUCUGGGAGCAGCCAACCCUUCCUGAAGUGAAUAAAGAAUUAUGCAGGAGAGGAUGAAAGGAAGCUGCAUUUGUCGGGCAGCUGUAAGAACUCUUGGUUCCAAGACCCCCUCAGUUCGAACAACUACCAAAAGACGUUCUUGUAAAGGGUAAUUGACGAAUUAUGGACUUACUUGAAUUUUGAGGGCCAAUCCUAUGAAAUCAGUAUGGUUGCCAACAAAAAACUGGAAGACUGUCAAGAAAUAAUUGGGAAAUAUGUAAAGAGCAUUAUCCGUGUGGUUUUCCAUGACCGGCGCCUGCAAUACACCGAGCACCAGCAGCUGGAAAGUUGGCGUUGGAGUCGUCCCGGAGAUCGCAUUCUUGGCCUGGACUUGCCUCUGUCGGUUGGCAUCCUGGAACCUCGAACAAAUCCAUUGCAGCUAAAUUGUGUUGAGUUUCUCUGGGAUCCCACCAAAAGGACUUCUGUCUUUGUUCAGGUCCAUUGCAUCAGUACUGAGUUUACCCCCAGGAAGCAUGGUGGGGAGAAAGGAGUUCCAUUCAUAAUUCAGAUUGACACCUUCAGACAAAAUGAGCAUGGUGAAUAUACAGAGCUCCUCCACUCUGCAAGCUGCCAAAUCAAAGUAUUCAAGCCUAAGGGAGCAGAUCGAAAACAGAAAACCGAUCGGGAAAAGAUGGAAAAACGUACAAUCCAAGAGAGAGAAAAGUAUCGACAGUCAUUCGGAAUGACAGUCCUUGCCGAGUGCUCGCCUUGGCCUGAUUCCUCGUACGUUAAUUGUACUUCUCCCAUGGACUACAGCACUGUGCCUCUCAGCUUAGGUGCCAGUGAUGGAAAUUGUUCACCUACAAGCCAAGAUGAACUCCUGCCUUUGAGCGCUGAUUACCUGUUGCCUACAGCCUCCAACCAGGACACACAGCACUGGCUGAUUAGAAACCGCUUCGCAGCAUUCUGCCAGUUAUUUGGCAAUUUCUCAGGUGCGGAUAUGUUGAAAAUGACUAAAGAAGACUUGAUUCAGAUCUGUGGGCCUGCAGAUGGAAUCAGACUCUUUAAUACAAUCAAGGGAAGAACUAUCCAUCCAAAACUGACCAUCUAUAUGUGUCAGGAGCAUGAGCAGAAUCGGACAAAUUACCUUCACAAACAACAGAGCCAAGGAGUUGUUGACGCCUCAUACGUAUACCAUCCAAUCUUUUUGGAAGAGCUGACAGCGAUAGAAUUAACUGAGAAAAUAGCAAAAAUGUACAGCAUUUCUCCGCAGCAGAUUAACCAGAUCUACAGACAGGGACCCAGUGGGAUCCACGUGCUUGUCAGUGAUGAGAUGGUUAAAAAUUUCUGCGACGAGGUUUGCUUUGUCAUCUGCAUCUUAAAAGCUGAGCAAAGUGAUGGAUACCACAUCAUCUUGAAGUGAACAAGGUUGGAUAAUUCCUCAACCACCUGGAGGCAGAUUCAGAUUACACAUUGGACAUCCUUGUAUUAAAUAUGGAAAACUAUUUGAAAAACCAGGCAAAGGGAGAAAUAAUUGGUUGUACUGUUUAAAACUGAUGGGCAUCAAAUAUUUUCUCAGUGAGGUGUGGGUGGGUAAGACAAGGUUCUGCUUCAUCUUACAUGAGCCAUCUUGCAUGGCAUCAUUUUUAUGAGUUUGUUUAUGGUCUCAACAAUCACCUAUCUCUCCCUCCCCACCCCUCUUUCCUUCCUUAUCUUGCUGCAAUGUUUGCAGAUUUCAACAAAAGUAAAAAAUUAAUGCUAAAAAAAUAAUUGCUGACAUUCCAACAUCCCAUUUAAUCAAAGUGGACCUUGGCUUUUUGAAUGGUCUCGAUAAUUAGGUGCUUUUGUAGCUCCAAAAGGGUUGUAAUUUUGUAUAUAUCCAUGUUCUGCGGUUUAAAUAGAUUUUAUUUUUUCGCCUGGUGAUAUUAAAGUCCGCAACUGGACCCUGGAGUUCUACAAUGUCCUAACUGAGUUGGAUAUGGAGCUGAGUGAGGCAUUUUUAGCCAUCCAUUUACUUUCAUGAUGCAGGAUAUUUCUGUCUUUUCUAUUCCUUUAGGAAGCGAUUUGUGACAAUGCGCCCAACCUAUAUUAUGUUCCUAAGGUUUGUGAUCAUAAGUAUUUUUUUCCAAAUUAGAAAACAUAAUGAAACACUUGAAAUUCAAUUUGCUUUCUGGUGUUGUCAUGGAGCAAGGUGUGAUACCAUGCAAUUAACUUUAACCCACAUUUUGUUUUAAUGCCUAAAGAUUAUAAUUGUUUUUCUUGCUGAAUCUGUUGCAUGUUGGUUCAAGCACUUCAUUUUGUCUGCUACUGAAUAAACAAAGAAAAAUGGCUGGAAAAGAUUAAAAAGAUAGAUUUCUAUUUUUCGGGCUGGGGGAAGAGGGUGUGAGUAUGCAAAUGCUGAAUAAAUAGAAUGUUAUAAGUA